AAGAUGACGUCACCCACAAAUCCACUCUGGAUCGUUGUGGCACCCCUGCCACCUGCCCUUCUCGAGCAGUAAUGAUGAUGACAACUGAAAUUCGGGUCUAUGGCCUACAAGUCUCGUGGCCAUCCGCGCCGUCACUUGUCACAGCAGACCAAACUUUGAUGCUGCCAAAUGACAACUGCAAAGCCCAAGAACAUCGUCAUCGUCGGCGGCUCACUAGGCGGGCUCUUUGCUGGCGUUGCGCUGAAACAUCUACGAAAGGAUCUGAACAUCCGCAUACUCGAACGGAAUCCUACGCCACUACUGCACGAUCAAGGUGCUGGCGUGGUCGCUGGCGGUCAUGUACAAGAGUUCUUCCGUAAACACGACAGGACGAAGACGCCUCUCGCUGUCACUAGCCACCAACGACUAUACCUCGAUAGGACUGGAAAUGUUAUCGAUCGUGAGGAUAAAGAGCAACAUAUGACGAGCUGGGAUCUGCUGUACCACCUUCUGAGGGCAAACUUUGAUGGAGUUGAGUCAGAAUAUGCGCAAGUGCCGGAACCGCAACCACACGAGGGGACAUCCACAUAUGAUUAUGGUCAUCAGGUCACUGGAAUCGAUUUCAGUGAUGCCACAUCGUUGUCAAUUACGGCCAGAACCUCAACAGGCGACGAUGUCACCUUCAAUGCGGACAUGUUGAUUGGCGCAGACGGGCCUAGUUCGUCUGUUCGCAAAUACAUCGACCCCAAAGUGCAGAGAAAGUAUGCGGGUUAUGUAGCAUGGCGAGGCACAGUUCCAGAAGACCAAGUCUCGCAAUCGGCAACUGAUGUGUUUGUUGAAAAGUUUCCCUUCUUCCACACGGAGGGUGUCCAAAUUCUCGCAUACGCCAUACCGGGACGCAAUGGCAUUAUCGAGCCAGGCAAGCGUUUGUUGAACUGGGUGUGGUAUUUCAACUACAAAGAAGAGUCGCCCGAGCACGUCGAGCUCAUGACGGACAAGAACGGCAAGAGACACCACAUCACGCUGCCUCCAGGAGGUAUUCAAAAGGAUGUCUGGAAGCGACAGAAGGAAAUUGCACGAGACAUCCUUCCACCCCAAUUUGCAGAACUGGUUAAUAAGACCGAGGUUCCUUUCAUACAGGCUAUCACCGACGUCAUCAGUCCCGCCGCUGUGUUGUCGAGCGACAAUCGUGUCCUGGUUAUUGGCGAUGCUCUCGCAGGCUUCAGGCCGCACACAGCAGCUAGUACAAGCCAAGCAGCAAUGGAUGCUAUGGAGCUAGCUAAGACUGUUGAUCAAAUUCUUGGAGGUGCGGAUAGAGCUACCAUGUUGAAGGAUUGGGAGCAAAGUGUCCUUAGCUACGCUGUAACGAUGCAACAGCACGGAGUAGACAUUGGCAACCGAAGCCAAUUUGGUACACAUCCACUUCAAGGGUAAAGGUGAAUACACAAAUAUUUGGACUAGGAGUUGAUAUUAGACUUACUAGGGCUCUCUCACCUUGCAACUACGUCUAGGAAAUGCUAAGCUACUCUCACCCUUCUAUUUUACUUCUGCCUUUACCCACGCAUCUUACCAGGUACUAAG